CUAACCGUCUCAGUAUUUACCUCUUAGUUGCCUCUUCUCAUUGUGAACAGCUUUCCUUCUCCUCAUCUCUCCAGACUUGAACCCUGCAAUCAAGACCAGGGAGGGAGGAGUUCUGGAGCUAUUAAUAUUAAUCGUUGUACCCACAAUCUUCCCCUGCCAUUCGUGUAUACACCUCCAACCUCGACCAUAACCAUGACAGACAACCAGGUGGCAUUCAACGAGCCAAACUUUAGCAACUCUAAUGGCAAUGAGGCUGAGAAGAAGUCCGAGAUCACCGAUGAUGAUGAUGCGCACAACGAGACCCACGAGAACACCGAUGCUGGAUCCACAUCCGAUGAAGACCGAAAGUUCCACGAAAAGUAUGGAACUUAUGACCGCUAUGAGAUCACUGAAGAAGAUUGCUAUGAUGAACUCGGAUUCAGCUAUCCUACUUGGAAGAAAUGGAUGAUUAUCACGGUUGUAUUUCUUGUCCAAGUUUCUAUGAACUUCAACACUUCGCUUUAUUCCAAUGCCAUUACCGGGAUCUCCGAAGAGUUCAGUGUGAGCACUCAAGCAGCAAGAGUGGGUGCUGCCAUCUUCCUCAUUACGUAUGCUUUUGGUUGCGAGCUCUGGGCUCCCUGGUCUGAGGAACUUGGUCGCUGGCCGAUUAUGCAGCUCUCGCUAUUCCUCGUCAACAUUUGGCAAAUUCCAGUGGGAAUCGCUCCUAACUUUGGUACCAUUCUAGUCUGUAGGGCCUUAGGCGGCUUUUCUUCUGCUGGCGGCUCUGUGACUCUAGGCAUGGUGGCAGAUAUGUGGGAGGCUGAUACACAACAAUACGCUGUGGCAUAUGUUGUCUUCUCUUCCGUUGGUGGUUCAGUCCUUGGACCCAUUGUAGGCGGUUUUGUCGAGGCAUUUCUCCCCUGGCGUUGGAAUAUCUGGAUUCAACUCCUCUUCGGAGGAGCAGUACAAAUUGCUCACUUUUUUCUUGUUCCCGAGACCCGCUCAACUGUCAUGAUGAACAAGAUUGCCAAACGAAGGAGAAAAGAAGGGGAGAAGGACGGAAAGCCAGUCAAUAUUUGGGGACCCAAUGAAUUGACACCCUUCAAAAACCGUUUCUCGAUGCGAGAAAUCCUGAUCACUUGGAUCCGUCCAUUCCGUAUGUUCUUAACCGAACCAAUCGUCCUGACGCUUUCGCUCUUGUCUGGCUUCUCCGAUGCUCUCAUCUUUAUGUUCUUGCAAUCCUACUCUUUGGUGUACAAGCAAUGGGGAUUUUCAACUGUAGCCAUCGGCCUUUCGUUCAUUCCCAUUGGAAUCGGGUAUGUCCUUGCAUGGCUUUCAUUCAUGCCCGCCAUCAGACGCAAUAUCAAAGUGCGCCACAGCCGCCCCGAGGAUGAAAUAGCACAGUACGAAUCACGCCUCUGGUGGCUCUUGUUUACAGCCCCUUGUCUACCUAUUGGCCUGAUUGGCUUCGCGUGGACGUCGACAGGCCCGCCCAUCCACUGGAUUGGAUCUAUGAUCUUCAGCGCCGUCAUCGGUAUCGCAAACUACAGCAUCUACAUGGCCACUAUCGACUACAUGAUUUGCGCAUACGGACCUUACUCUGCAUCUGCAACCGGAGGCAAUGGAUGGUCGCGUGACUUCCUCGCUGGUGUGCUGACACUGCCCGCGACACCUUUCUACGAGAAUAUUCCCAGCUCGAGCAAUCCCAACCACCUAGCCUACGCUUCUACCAUCCUCUUCUGCAUUGCAGCUCUUUUAGUUGUCGCGGUGUAUGUAAUUUACUGGAAGGGGCCUGUCCUAAGGAAGCGCUCGCCAUUCGCGCAACAGAUUUCGAACGCCAGGCAAGAAACUGGAGGAAGAAGGGUUAGUGCUCUGCCUGGGUUGUAUGGCUCAAGGCAUAAUUCAAUUGUGCAAGGGGCAGGGGUCCCAGGGUCGAGGAGAGGGAGUGUCGUUCGCGGAGCUAGUUUCUCUGGGCGGUAGAUGAUGGAUGGACAAUGGAGAGUAGAAAGGCAGAGAUUGGAAGGAGAGGGAAUUGAGGAGAAUGAUGUUGACACAAGGGAUUCAGAAUUUACAAGUCCAGAAGUACCAAUAUAUUCAUCGCAUUUCAAUAAG